UAGUACAGUUUAAGUACAUUGAUAAAAGUAUACUAAAAUAUGUUAAAAUUUAGUAUACUUUUAUUUCACCUGGGCAUGCUACGCCAGGCCCUCGGCGUCCUCAAUUUGAUGGCAGACAUGUUUUAUCAGACGCUUUCUGAGGAAAUGAAAGAAAGCAGCGCUAUUCAGUCCUUCAUUUGUUUCCCUUCUCUUUUCAAAGUUGUGUUGUGGGAGUAAUUAUUGCUUCUCUGACAGCUGGUGGGUGGCGUUUUGAAACAAAACUGCUCGGCACAGGCCUGAACAACACUGCUGUACGAUCACAAGAACCGCAAAAAAAAAAAAAAAAAUUGCCUUGUUCUGUCAAAAUUAUGCAAUCAAAUGGGAAAAAGAAAAAGGAGGAGGAAGAAGGAAAAAUACUGGCAGUUAUCAAGCGGCUACAGCAGGGAUCAUACAAACAGGCCGUGCUUUAGCAUGAUGUGUGAUGGAGAGAGAGAGAGAGCUGAAAUGACUCACAGUACUGCCACUUACACUGCUGUUGAUGAUUAUGAUAAUUCGUGCGCAGCACUCCACCAGCAGCUUUGUGGAGCGGCAUUAAUCAUCCCAGAUUCACUCUCUGACUCGCUAUAUGCUCUUCCCUUCCCAAUCAUCUUCUUUGUCUCCCUGUCCAACAACACCUUUCGAUUUCACUGUCUUCUCUGUCCCCUCGUCUCUCCCUGUCUUGGCUAAUCACACACAGGAGGGGCGCUGCCCUGCUGUUGAAUUUUAAUAUUCAUUUAUACGGCCAGCCUUUGAUGCCCCCCAUCCCCUCCGCUCCCUGUCACCCCCACAGUGCAGUGUAAGCACUUCUCUAUCUCGUGUUCUGCCAGCGCUGCCAGCCCAGAAUAUCUCCCUCAGCACCCUGCGCUCCGAGUGUGUGUAACGACUGUAGAUAUAUGCCCAAGAAAGCCCCAACAAUGCAGCAACACAGGAAGAGCAAAGUGAGCAGAUUUAUGAAAGCAAGGUCAAGGGAUAACUCGUCCUAUUAGAGCGCAGCCAAAGCCACACAGAGGUCAGGUAGGAAUUAAUGCAGCUAAACUAUAAACAACAAGUCUGCUUAAACACGCACACACAUGCACCAAUGCAGAUCUCAAACUCUCGCGCAGUCAUGUCAUACAGUUCCUUUGCUAAAGCGAAAUUUUCCACAUGUUGUAUUUUAUUGGAUUUCAGGUGACAGAUUAACAUAACGAAGUGCAUAUAUGUGAAACUGAUGAAAAAUGAUUUUUGCUUGUCAAAAUCUUAAAAGUGUGGCAUGCAUUUACAUUCAGCUUCCCUUCGUAUGCCCACUUUUUAAUAUUUCAGGACACCUGGUCGUUUGGGUGUCUCAGCCAGUUAUAUACACGUUUAUAGCAAUUUGUGAAAUACGCAGACUUUAAUGAGAGUGUUGGUGAACAUAAAUGUUUGAGUUCUUCCUGGAUUCUCAGCUGGAUUAAGAUUUGGGGUGAUCGAUCAAAACCAAAGGUCCUUAUGUCAGCGUCCUGCAGCUUCAUGAUGCGUCGCAGCUUCAACACACCUGAAUCAAGCAACCAGAUCAUCAGUUCUGUAGACCUUGACUGGAUGCUGAGGAGAAAGUUAACACUUUCUUUAUCACAGUGUUGAACCCAGAAUAAAACUUUUCUGUGAGCUGCCAUUUGACACCCUUGAUUUAGAGCUUUCCAUUGGAGCCCUCACUGGAUGUUCAAGGUUGAUGUCCUAUUGGAUGGUGUCUCAAUUUUUCUGCAGCUUCCUGCUUCGGAUUGUUCACCCAGGGUGGCAAACAGGCUAGGCACAGGUUGAUCCUCGUGAUGCUGUUUGUUCACUAAUAUUCUCUAAAAAUCCCUGAAGUCUUUAUAUUGGGAAUAGAUAACAGACAUGGGAACUCUUUACCCAUUUGGUGACUUCUGAGUUAGGGGUGAGCAUUCAUUAUAUUAUUUAUUAUGAUAAAUGCCUCAUCAUGAUUAGAACUUUGAUUUUUUUUUUCCACAAUAAAUUACAAUCAAUGAUGUUUCAAAUCCUCCAAAUCUAUCUGCGUUGUCAGAAUUGCUAUUUUUGCUAUUUUCUUUUCACCGUUUGUUCAAUGAGAGUGUCAAUAAACAUGAAUACAUUUGAAGACAUGAUUAAAUGCGGCUACUGUGUGUAGUUCAGUGAUACUAAUCACGCUUCUGCCACCUAAAACCCCAAUAAAUUACAUUUGCAUUUGUAAACGGUGGAAAUGUUCACGGCUGUUUAUGCAUGAUGUGUGUGAGUUCAUGUGGAAACUGCAACUCUGUGGGGUGUGUCUACUGUAGUUAACAUUGGCCUACUGUCUAUAUUUAGCUUGAAACCCUCUGAGUUCUCCUGUGUGACCCUCACUUAGAGCUGCAGGCAUUCCCAUAUCUGAGCACAGAGACGGUGCUGCUUGAAACAGAGAAACGCGGACAGACGGGGCGUGGGGAGGGGGGGUGCCUGCUGCAUUCACAGUGCAGGUUCUUUUUCAGCCAGAAGUACGAGAAUAAGUAGUUUAAAAGUGAAUCCAGUAUAAGUUAGGACCCGAACAAUGAGAGCAGGGACCGCUGUCUGAGGUGUAGCCAUGGAGGACGGCGAGCUGGUGAUCAGGCUCCCCGGGCGAUCCGACUCCCCACUGGGCAGCAGGGGUUCUGGUGGGUUAGGCGAGACCCUGGUGCUGAGGCACAAAGAGGUUCACCACUUCUUCUUUGUCCCCUUCAGGGAGCAGCCCAUCUACAGCACGAGGGCCCACGUCUUCCAGAUCGACCCCAACACCAAGAAGAACUGGCUGCCCGCGAGCAAGCACGCCGUCACUGUGUCCUACUUCUACGACAGCACGCGCAAUGUCUACCGGAUCAUCAGCCUGGACGGAACCAAGGCAAUAAUCAACAGCACCAUCAGUCCGAACAUGACGUUCACAAAGACGUCACAGAAGUUUGGUCAGUGGGCGGACAGUCGAGCGAACACCGUCUACGGACUGGGUUUCUCCACCGAGCAUCAUCUGGCCAAGUUUGCAGAGAAGUUUGCAGAAUACAAAGAAGCAGCGCGGCUUGCGAAGGAGAAGAGCCAGGAGAAGAUGGAGAUGGCCACGUCUCCCUCUCAGGAGUCUCCGGCCGGUGAGCUCGCCUCCCCCCUCACCCCCGUGACUCCCCCCAUGGAAAACAUCAACGGCACGGAUGAGAUCUGCGACACGACUCCCAACUCGGACAGCCGUCCGGAGCCGUCGCAGAACGCUCUGGCUUUCGCACACAGCCCGGCCAUGACAAAACACUGGGAGGCUGAGCUGGAGGCGCUAAAGGGGAACAACGCCAAGCUGACGGCGGCUCUGCUGGAAUCCACGGCCAACGUCAAACAGUGGAAACAGCAACUGGCUGCCUACCAAGAGGAGGCAGAGAGACUACACAAACGGGUGACGGAGCUUGAGUGCCAGAGUAACCAAACCCCGGUGAUCAAAUCCCAAAAGACGGAACUCAACCAAACCAUAGAGGAGCUGGAGAACGUGCUGCGAGACAAAGAAGAGGAAAUGGAGAAGUUGAAAGAAGAACUGGAAAACAUGAAUGACCUCAUGGAGCAGAAAGACACUCUGACUCAGAAGCUUGAGGAGACGGAGCUGCGCAGUCGGGUGCUGGAGGAGCAGCUAGCGGGAGCUGAGCAACGACUGGAGGAGAACCAGGAAGAGCAGGAGAAUUUCAGGAAGAGCCUGCGGACGCUGCUGGAGCUGCUAGACGGCAAGAUCUUUGAGCUGACGGAGCUCAGAGACACCUUGGCUCGUCUCAUAGAGGAAGCCAGCUAGAGACAGAGGGUGUCAACCUUCACAGACAGAGCCAUAUGAUGAUUUAUUUACAGCCCAGCACACAGACCAAUCCCACCCUCCAUAACUCCUCGUGUACCCUCACCCACAUACAUCUGAGACAAUGCACUGCCCACACUUACAGUUUAAACACAAGGGGCAGCUGAUCCCUGAUUUUUACCUUGAAGGCAUCAGGUUCCUACCUUCUGCAAGCACUCCUGUAGUUGAACACGAUGCAGGGACUACCUCAGCUUGCCUUCUGAUUGGCUGUUGUACACUCGGUCAAACCGGUGAAGCUCAGUUGUAGAAAACUGUGCCUCGGCGCCAUCUGCUGUCUGAAUGGGAGAGCUGCACCGUAGUGCGGAGCAUUUACUCAAACACACACAUUGCACAUUACUCCUCUUUAAAGCGGCCCUCCAGGGGGAAAUGUUGAAAGUCAUGUGGAAAUAAUUGCUGUUAAGACUUAAAAGAACUGCGCCAAAGCUUCCAAAUUCCCCCCCCCAAAAAAAAUGUUGUCCUCUAACUAGCAGAUGCUUUGAUCCAAAGUGACUUACUGUACAGGAAAGUUUUGAACAGAAGAACCCAUGUUUGAGCCCGGGCUGCCGAGGAAUGUAACCGGGUUUCGCUUUCGCAUCGCUGAACCUCCCCAGCCUGGAUUUACGAGGCUGCUUGGAAAUGGAGUCUGACAAAUAUACAUAUAUAUAUAUUUUCUUUUAGCAGAAAUGAAGGACUUCUGUAUGCCCCCCGCCCCCCACCACCAUAUUACAAAAACCUAUAUGACAGAUAAGCAAUGAAUCUUCCAGAUGGCCUUUUUUCAUGCAACACAAAAAUUUGAGUGCUAUAGCUGAAAUGAGAAAUCUCGUAUCCAGACAGCUUCCACUAUCACAGUAGACAUGACCUGUCUUCCUGCCAAACUCAGUGUGGCGUGUGUGUCCCGAGGUUUGAUAUGAUUGUGUGCACUCGCAUAGGUGCAUCUAAAUAAAUUGCAUCACCAAAAAGUUAUUUUAAACUAGUAAAUCAAUUUAAAAACUGGAAUUCAUUGUUAUUUAGCUUGAUUACACAGAUAAUUGUGUUUUUUAAAGUGUUUAUUUAUGCCACUUUGAUGAUUAUGGCUUACAGCAAAUGGGAACCUUAAAAUUAUGUUAGAAUUAUAUUACAUAAGGCCAAUGAAAAAGAAUUUAAAUACAUAAACAUGGGCCAACUGAACAUUUUGUCCAUAUGCUACAUCUUAUAUGCAUUCACUAAUUGGUUGAGGGUUUCUUCUUUUUAUUCGCACAAAUUGCUGCAUUAGAGCGACGUGACAUGGAUGUAAUCGGCCUACAGAUCUGCUGAGGUGUUAAGGAAGCCCAGGUUGCUGUAAUAAUGGCCUUCAUUUUGCCUGACUUAUGUAAGUCUGGGAUUGAUAGAUUCUCAGGUGGGUUUUGCUGACCAAUUAAGCUCUGUGCAAAAGAUCUGCAAAACAUACUGAACCGCAACUGCAAAUGCAAAGCCAGAGAGAGUUAUACUGCAAUCUUAAAGCUUCACUCGGAAGAAAUAUUUUGUAGUAUACCAUAUUUCAAGAUCACUGCAUUCACUCCCCCACACGUGCAUAUUGAUAAAGUAUUUAGACAGUUGGAUAAAUUCUUGAAGAGGCUUUUUUUCCCCCACAAUUCAGAGCUCUUUCCUGUUUCUCAUGCUGCGUUAUUUUUGUACUCAAAAGUUAAGCUUUCUGAGGUCCAUGUGUAAAAUGCAACAUCCCCUGAAGUCGGAUUUUUAACUAGUGAAUUCGGAAGUUGCUGAGUGUGAGAUCGUGGGAUCGUCUCCAUGGCAACCUCGAGAUCAGAAACUAAUAUGGCUGCUGCUGCACAUCAAAAACAGAGCAACAGUUUUAAUUGUAAAGCAUUUACUUCCACUCCUGAUGAUUUAUAUCUCAUUAAAUCACAGUAAUGUUUAGUAAUGUAGAUGUUCAUUUAGUGCUUGAACAUAUUUAACAACACAUUAUUUUCAUCUUGCUAACUGUAGUUAUCAACUAACAUCAAACACAAACUUGUGGCACCAAGCUCCAUCUCAUGAGGCAAAUAUACAAUGUAUUAUGCUUCUUUUCCUAUCAAACUUUUUCCUUCCACUUAACUUUUCAUUAGAAUUCUUGGGCACAGCACUCUGAACAGCCAGCUUCUUCAGCAAACUGGCUUUCACUCCUUGAGGAAGGUUCCCGAUAGUACCUGCUGCGACUUCUACAUAAAAAAAAAAAAAAUUUUCAUUGUCUUGUAUAACAAUCCAAAUUUCUGAAAAAAAAAUGGUAUUGUUACAAACUGUGAGCCAUAAUCAUCAAAAUUAGAAAUAAAUGCUUGAAACGUUUGACCUUUUGAUGAAACAAACGACUCUUUCAGUGGUAUGCUACUUUGUUGAGAUGAAUCUGUACCUGGGCACGUUGUGCUGUUAGAGAGGCCUGCACACACACCCUCACACCCACUCAAACACACACACACUGAGCAAUAUUAGACAGGCUCUAUACAACACCAACUCUAUCAGGUACUCUACUCAGUGGGCCCGUCCUGAAGGGUCAAACAUGAUUAAGCUGAUACCCCCCCUCUCCAACAGAAAGUGUACUACUGACCGCAUUACUGUGUGGCAGCCCUGCGUGGUGCAAGUAGUGCAAACCGAAGGGCUUACAGAGCGUCAUCCUCAUGUCUGUAAAUCUCCACCCUCAGUGAAACUGGCCACUGAUUGUCACGCCUCACUGGUGACUAUUCAACCGUUCUCAGUUUAUAUUCUUUUUUUUUCUUUUUUUUUUUUAAGUAAAGAUAUAACACUGGUGAUAUAAAUAUAAAACUGUACAACACAACUUUCUUAUUCUUGCUGGCAUUGUAAAUGAAUGGAUGGACAAAUCAAAAUGCAGUAACACCCUGCGGUGACUUAUUGUUGUGUAUUAACCCACGGCUGAAAGCUUUUUCUCUGUGUACUGGAAGAUUUACAACACCAUGUAAUAACACCGUGUUACAAGUUUUAUACUCUUACUGUAUAAAAGCAGCUCUGAAGCCCCGUGAAAUCUUCUAUUCUCACCCUCCAAAGUCAGCAAUUUUUUUUAAAAAUUAUUUAUUUAUGUUUUACAGAGCUGUAUCUCCACAAGGUGCUGCUGGUCUUAUAUCUAUCUGAGCGCCCAGUUUGCACUGUUAUGACACCGUUGUAACUCCAUUAUAUGCCGACAGACUUGCAUUUAGCAUUAGCACAGUAUAAUUAUGUAGUUUAAAGACCUUCUGUAGUUAGUUACACAGGUUAAUACACUGGAAUAAGACUCAUGUAAAAGGGGGAAUGUUACUUAUUUUCUGUCUGAUGUAUGUGUCGAGUGGAGUGACAGAGAUGAAAUACUUUAAUAUUAAUGCUAUUGUUAAUGAAUGCCUUUGUACAGUAGUGGAUAAAAUGCUUUUCAUUCUCCUGUUUUUGUAACUUAUGGUAUUUCAGUGUAGGUAUUCACAUUGUAUUUAGAGGUAUGAGAAGACUGGCAAUAUUUUUGACUAUUUAAAGUAAUUUUGAACUCAUGACAUUAAAGAGGUACCUCAGGCUUAA